CCGUCGACUGUCUUAACGAAUCUGCAGAGAGGAAACAUUCAGACACAGACGCCGACCAAUUGGCCCGAAAGGAGUAUUCAUCAGUUGUCGGCGAUGGGAGAACUCUUUGACCAAAAUCUAGACGAUAGUGUUGUGAUCGACGAGUUGGACGACAGGGGGUUUACUCCACUUCUUUGGGCGUCGGCUUACGGACAGCUGCCGACAGUGAAACUCCUCGUCUCAAAGGGUGCCAACACUUCCAUCCGCGGCAACGAAGGCGAGACAGCGCUGCUAUUGGCCGCCGCCAACGGACACGUUCACGUCCUUAAGGAAUUGAUUGCCAUCGGAGUCGAUAUCAAUGAAACCGAUGAGGUUUGA